AUGAUAUCCACUAUCCACUCAAAGUUAUUAAUUUAUUUUUUUAAAAAUAAAGUCAUAAGUUUAAUAUUUAUACGAAUCGCCUUCGUCCGCUAAUACUGGUUCAAGAUGUCAGGACGAGGAAGGCAUAGAGGUUACCGUAAUCGCAAUCAACAGACUCUAUCUACAGUUGCGAGGGAAGCUGCUGCUUCGCUCGCUCCGGACAGUCCGAUCUUAGCCAUGUUUAAAAAUGCUGCUCUAAAACUAAAUGAACGACAGGAUAGACACGAAAGACUGGUCAAACUCUCGAGAGACAUUACUAUUGAGAGCAAGAGAAUUAUUUUCUUGUUACACUCGGCUAUUACAGAAGAAUCUACAGCAAAAGUAAUAGAAGAAGCUAAAGAAAGAUUUCAGAAAUUAAUAAAAGGACCAAUUAAAUCUGUAGGCUUGGAACUUGAGAACAGUCCUGCAUAUUUACAUUCACGGGCAGUAACUGCAGGUUUCCAAGAAUACAUUGAAGCAAGAACUUUAUUUUCUCUUAUGGAGACCAAAAAGCUAAUAAGUUGGCCAGAGAUACGAGAUGAAUUCGUUUUUAGCAUUCCAGAAGCUGAAAGUGACAAAAAGAGAACUGUUAUAACAAUGGUAUUACAUUUGGACUACAUGCUUGGGUUGGCUGAUCUGACUGGAGAGUUGAUGAGAAGAGCCAUCAACAGUAUAUCAAAUGGAGACAGCAAGGAAUGCUUUCAUGCUUGUCAAGUUGUCAGAAAUCUUUACACUGGGUAUUUAGGGCUAUUUGGUAUAGGUAAGGAAUUGGCUCGCAAAAUGAAUACAACACGCAGCAAUGUAGCAAAAGUUGAGAGUGCUGUCUAUGCCCUUCAAGUGCGAGGAGGUGAGACUCCCAUGCUGUUGCUGCAAAUACCACCCCAUGAAUCCUGGGAAGAUGUUCAUUCUGAUGAUGAAGGAUAUUAUUGAUAUUAAAACAAGAAUGCAU